AUGAAGAAAAGUGCUCGUCGCGUACUAAAAUCAUUCCCUGAGAUUAACGGACUCGUUUUCGGAAGCUGUAUUGGUUUUGGCCACUUCUCACAUGUAUAUGAUGGAACAUAUUUUGGCCAGCCAGCUGCAAUAAAAAUUAUCGAACGAGGAAGUGAAGCAAUCACAGAGUUAGAGAUAGAACUUCUUAUGGCAUUGAAAGGUUCUCCAAAUACUAUACAGUUAAUUCAACGUUUCGAAGAAGAAAACACAAUAUUAGUGUUUGAAUUUAUCAAUUCCGUUCCAAUGGAGAAUCUUUUUACACAUAAUAGCCAUUCACGUUUUAGAAGAAUUCUUAGAGGCUUACUUACUGCUGUUGCUUCAGCUCACAGCAAAGGAAUUGUCCAUAGAGAUAUUAAAUUAGGAAAUAUUAUGAUAAUGCCGCAUUUCUCCAAUGUUAAACUAAUUGACUGGGGAUGUGGUGUCCGAGUAUCAUCUGACAUGUCUCCAAAAGCCGGUUCUCGUACUUGCAGAUCUCCUGAAAUGCUUUUAGGAGAAAAGAACUACGGAUUCGGAUGCGAUACAUGGGCAGUUGGAAUAUUUAUCUUAUUUGUUUUGAGUCGAGGAAAUAUUCCGUGGAAAGCAAAUUCAACUAAUGAUCUUUUAGUUAAAAUGUCGAACUACUUCGGACUUACACCUUUCAAAAACCUCGCCAAAAAGUACAGACUUGAAAUUCCUCCAGAAGUUGAAACGAUGAUGUCUCCAUCUCCGAUUUACAAGAUUAGCGACAUAUACCACUCAUCAAUGACAUGGCUUAUUACACCAGAUCUUACCUCAUUGAUGAUGGAAUUGUUGCAAUUCGAUCCAAGAAGAAGGAUUUCAGCUGCAAAAGCUUUGGAGCAUCCUUACUUCACAGCACCUAGCGAAUCCAAGUAA